AUGGCGCUGUCCUUCCUGGCGCAYUCGGGCCUGGCCGGCACGGCCUCGCUGCAGAGCGCCGCCGAGGAGAGCGGCUGCCGCCUGCUCUACGUGGUGGCCGAGCAGCCGCGCGACGUGGAGGCCGCCUUCAGCGCCGGCUUCCUGCGCGGCGCCAGGCUGCUGCGGCGGCACGACGCCCCGGCCGUGCUGCGCGACCAGCGGGUGGCUGGAGUCAUCGUCUCUUCCCCUCCUGAAGAAGCCUCUGAGAUUGUCAUAGAUGCCUUACGAGCCGGGAAGGGUGUAUUUUGCGAGAGGCUACCCAGUAAAGACAGGCAGACAGCAGAAGCUUGUUUUGAUGAAGCUGACAGAUGUGGAAGACCGUUGGUUUGUGGAUUCUACAAGCGUUUCGACCCCGCGCUGCAGUUCUUGUGUAAAAAGGUCCGUGACAGCCGGGCACUGGGGAGGAUUCACCGGAUAUCAACGAUCAGCAGCAUAUACCCAGCAGCCUCUCUUAACUUCCUAAAGAAGUCAGGGGGAAUUUUUUAUAAUGCUGCAGUGCAUGAUAUAGAUAUCAUCAGCUUGCUGCUGGGAGAGAGUGCACCAGAUACAGUAUUUUCUCUGGGACAUGCAUUCUGUGCAGAUAUGGCCUACUUGAAGGAUGCAGACACUGUAGCAGUCAGCAUGAAAUUUCCUAGCGGAGCAAUUGUCACUUUGGACAUCAGUCAGCACUGCACUAAAAGCUGUGAUCAGAGACUAGAGGUUCAUGGUUCUCAAGGAGCGUUACGGGUAGAUAAUCGGAAUCCCUUGGGAAUUACAGAGCACGGCACCUCGGUGUCCCUCUGCUCGCAGACGCACGCUGAUCGCUACAGAGAUGCGCACAGAGAGCUCUUCCGCCACUUCAUUAGGACCCUGAAAGGCAAAGAGCCUCCCAUGAUAACCAAAGAGCAGUUUCUGUGGACAAUGCAGGUAGCUGCGGCUGCUGAGCAGUCCUGGAGAAACGGAUCCGCCGUUGACCUACGGAAUGAAGCGACAGAAGCGGCUGUGAUCAAGACUGAAAUCCUGUGAGGCGCACCGCUCUAUUUCCGUGCUGAAGGACAAGCUUUGAGCUCUGCUGCAGUGAAGUCUUUUUACCUAGUGAUGUCUCCACUGUUACCUUACGUAUAUAAAGACUUCUUUUCUGAUGCUUCUACUGGAAAUGCCCGCAACUUGGAGGCACGUUUGGGCUGGAAGGGCUCCGUGCUGACGCUGUGGAUGCUCCGUAGCGCAGAGGCCAGGACCCGCCGGAGAAGCCGUGGGCGGUUUUGUCCAGGUGGCGGUGGGUUCCUCUGGAGAGUUUUGCUGCUCCUGAAGUGUUGCUGUCUCGGGAAGAGAGCGGCUCCUCGGGCUGUGGGAAGGCAGGAUAAGCAGCUCUGCCAGCUGUGGUGGUGCUGGGCGAGCGGCAGCUCUGCACCAAGAGGCCCUAGUGGGCACAGCAGAGCGCUGAGCUGCUGCGCGCUCGCAGGGGUAUCACUUCUGCGCCCCGUAUUUAUUAUUCCAUUUGCUGUUUUUUAAUGGUUUUUCUACAUUUUUGCUAUGGAUUUCAAAGACGUAGCUGAAAAGCUCCAAUUUUCUAACUUUCCUGGGGAGUGGGGAAGAGGAGCAGGGAAGCAGGCAGUCCUACAGCUGUGCUGACCGUGCAGGGAGGAAGAACCACGGGAAGGCGGCGAAUUCUCAGUAUUCCAUAAAGAAGCAACACACUGGGACAUUUCUAUAAUAAAUACUGAAUUGUUAAAAAUUCUCUUCAGAAUCAGUCUGUGAGCAGGUUAGUGGCCUUGAGCAACAUCUCCGGGCAGUGCUGCCCGCCUUGCUCACUCGCUGCCGCGGCGCCCCUUUGUUUUCCUUGCUCAAAUGCAAACCUUGUAUGUUAAUAUUUUAGUAGGAAAAGGAGCUUAAUAAUCGCUUUUCUUGAGUGUAGGAAGGGUGAUGAUCACGUAUUUUAAAGAUAUUUUUUUACAGUCCAGCAUAUUUGGAAUACACACCACAGGAAAAGGUAGUGCCUUCAACAACAGGCAAGUCUGCUUUUAAGCCAGGUUACUUUUAUCUUUUUAAUUCUUACAUUGAGCUUAUUGCAGAUAUCUAGAUUUGACUUUUCUUGUCUGUAAUUCUCUCACACCAGUUUUCAAGCUCUUUUGGAAGCUUUUUUAUUGUAUUAAAAGAACAUUCUUGCCCUCAGUAUUAGUUGAUACAUGUCACUUUUCUUGAAAGAUUCUUUAAU